CCACCCAGAAGGACAGCAAAAGAGGAAAAAGAACAGAACAACAAUGCUGAGAUUUGCUGUCACCCUCUUUGCUGUCAUAACGUCAUCUACCUGCCAAAAAUACGGAUGUCUGGAAGGGGACACCCACAAAGUGAAGCCAAGUCCUGAGCCAAAUAUGCAUGAAUGCACUCUGUACUCUAAAUCUUCCUGUUGCUAUGCAGACUUCACAGAGCAAUUGGCUCAUUCCCCAGUAAUUAAAGUAAACAACAGCUACUGGAACAGAUGUGGGCAGCUCAGUAAAUCCUGUGAAGAUUUCACAAAGAAAAUUGAGUGCUUUUACCGGUGUUCUCCACAUGCUGCUCACUGGAUCCAUCCCAACUACACUGCUGCUAUUCGGUCUGUUCCGUUGUGUCAAAGCUUUUGUGAUGACUGGUAUGAAGCCUGCAAAGAUGAUUCCACAUGUGUUCGUAACUGGCUGAUGGACUGGGAAUGGGAUGAAAGUGGAGAAAACCACUGUAAGAAUAAAUGCAUUCCGUACAGUGAGAUGUACGCAAAUGGGACUGACAUGUGCCAGAACAUGUGGGGCGAGUCAUUUAAGGUGAGCGAAUCCUCCUGCCUCUGCUUGCAAAUGAACAAGAAGGACAUGAUGGCAAUGAAGUAUCUCCCCUCCGAAAGCUCUGAGGAAAGCUCCAGCAUCAGCAGCAGUGAGGAGCAUGCCUGCCAAAAGAAACUCCUGAAGUUUGAGAAACUAAAGGGAGAGAAAGGGGAACAGACAAGAUAAGUGCUGGUGGAUGUAUGUCAGGACAAGAGAAAUCGCCGUGGAGGCUGGGCUCAGGGCAUCACACCAGCCUGCUUUAUCCCUUACUUCCUAGAACAUAAUAAAUCAAUGGCUGGUUAUAUUAAUCUUUCUCUGAUGUUUUUGCAUCUGCAUCACAAAGCUCCCAGACAGGUUAGCACAGGUUUAAUCUUGUGACUUGAACUGAACAGCUAGAAGCCUGAAGGUAGCAUCUUGAGGUUGACGUUCAAAGAGGAGAGGCAUAGGCAGCUCUUGCUGACUUAAGGUGGAACAGUGAGAACUAGAGACCUCUGGAAGGCCAUGCCAGUAAUGCACCGAAUCUUCAACCCAAACCCUUCAUUAGCGUAGGCACACAGUACUCCCGUCACAAGUUCCUGUGUGGCUCCACUCAGAUAAAGAGGAAAUGCUGCAGGCAGAAAUAAGUCAGUGAGCCUGGCUACUGACCACUGAAAGUGUAUUUAUUUUGUAUCUCAAAAACAUUCUUGCAAAACAGGGGAUUGUGGUGUACUAGAUAAAUUCCUGGAUCCAUAUAUUGCCAGUAUACAGUAUACACGGUCUGUCGCAAUGGGCUUUUACCUUAAACAACAGCAAUACCAAAGUCUCCUAAAAUAUGAAUUUGAAGCAUAAUUUUGAGUGCAAUUAACCUCACUGAAUGAUUCCAAGCAGAAUCAUCUCUAACAAACAGAAGUGUCAGGGAGGACCCCAACUAGGUAUCUCACAUCAGUAAUUCUGCUUCCCAGCAUCAGUGUUAUGGUGAAAGUAAAACUAAAAUCUGCAUCAGUCCCAGAGGGACUCAUCAGGUAAGGAUGAAUGAAAUCCUGAUUUCGCUUAGGCAUCCAUAGUCCCUCUGAUAUCGCAGUAGAGCAGGCAGGUCUGUGUCAUUCUGUACAGCCUUUCAUAGUGGUAUCACCAGGGAAACUAUGAGAGGUAUUUAAUUUGGGCAGUCAAAUUAUCCAACUGUGAAAAUCAGCAUCAUCUCAGUGCUUGCUAUGGAGCUAGGCACCUUACCGCACUUAAGCACUGAAUUGUUUUUAGAGUGAUACUUUGCCACAUCUGUAUUUCAUGCUAACUGAAUUUGUCAGUUCUACAGUUUGAAAAGAAAGAAUAAGAAUUUGGUCUUCUGUAAAGCUCUGACAGUCCUUUUCCCCCUAUUUCACUAACUCUGUUUUCUCCUGUCCUUCUUUAUUGCACCUGAAUCAGAGCAGAAAUUUCCCUGCUCUUUAUUUUGCUGUCCUCAAAAUUCAAGAAUUAAUUAUCCCCUCUCGCUGGCAUAACGCCAGCUUUUUCUGUAUCACCAUGGCCAAAGAUUUCCACCAUUUUCUUUAUGAAGUAUAGCACAAUUGUCUCUGCCUGUGUCUCUGGUCUUUUUCUUCCCGUUCCACUUCGUUCUCUUUGCUGUGGCUAAAUUAAUCUUGAAACAACACUAAACAAACAAUUCUUCCAUGCUUAGUUUCAGGAUGACCGAUAAUACUGAUUAUGCAUGCUCUUGAACAGCACUGGAUCCUACAGUAGCUAAGGGACAAACAUCAUUUAGCUUCUAUUCAUAACUUUCCCACCGACUCAUGAUGUACCCUAAGCAAACCAUUUAACUCUUUUGGGACACCAAUAAUUUUUCAGGGCUACUGUAUUUCCUCUAUGUCAUCUCUCUUCUAAGCCAAAACGUCAAGAACUACUCAGUUGUCCCUGGAAUAGAAAUUGUCUCAUACCUUUUGGUCAUUCUUUCAUUGAUCCAGAUAUGUUUUAUUCAAAUACAAGUUAUCAUCCAGAAAGACUUUCAGUCUUGAUUUAAAACUCCAAAUAACAGAGAAUUGUCCAGUGCACCUGAUAAUUUGUUUCCUCAGUGUUAAAGAUUAUCCCUAAUUAAACAUUUGUUGUUUCAGCUUUCAGCCACUGGUUUUUGCUAAAUCCUGUUGUAUUGAAGAGUUCUUCAUUAUUCAACAUUGCUUUUCUGCUCAGCAGCAUAUACACUGGAUCAAAUUGCUUCUUAGCAAUUAGCUCCACCUUAGCUCUAUUUAGUUUACAUGUCAUUAUAAGACAUCCUUUCUCUCCUGAAAUCAUACUUACGAUUCAUCUCUGUACCUUCUCCAAUCAUAAAUAUCCUCCCUAAAUUGUACAAAUCAAAGCUGUACUCCAUGGCAGUGUUAAAGGGUGACCUACGGGGAGAGCACCACAUCCCUGCCUCUCUACAUACUUCUCCCUAAUUGCACUGUCCGUGUCUACAAGGGCAUCAUUCUUACUAUUUGCAUGCCUCCAGUGUCCAUGUGUUAUCAUUCCUCAUUUUUUCUUGGUGUUACUCUUUUCCACUAUACAGCUCCCUGGUCCCAGAGCUGUGAACUGCGAUCUUAGCUCUUAGGCUUAUCGCUUUGAACUUGGUCGUAUUAAAAAACCUUAAUGUGAAUACACCAACCUUCCUAAGCCACUGUUUGCUCUGUCUAGCUGCUUUAUACUCAUGGUAAUUUACAUCUUGGACAAUCUCUGUGUCACUCAGAAAUGCUAUCAGUGAUGAUUUUACAUUUACAGAAAGGCUAAGAUAAAGCAAAAUUAAAAAUAACACAAAUCACUAAAAAUCUGACUCCAACAGUACAUCAUGAAGGUGAACCAGGGAAAAGAAAGAUCCAAUUUACUGAUGAUUGCAGACAUCCCCAGCUAAUGCUGACCUGAUUUCGUAAGUGCCUGCUAUGCAUCACAGCUCAAAAGUACAUAUCCUGCUUCUGGACCAACACUGGCCCAGACAACUGAAAUGUCUCUGUAUUUAGUGGCACUAGACUUGACUAAGAUCUUUAUCAAAAUGUCACAGUGGUAGAUCAAAUACUUUGUGAAACACAUUGUGAAAUAUGUUCCAACACUAAUCUGUAGGAAACAGACUUACAACCUUUACCAAUAAAUUAAAUUGGAUUUAUCAACAAGACAAUGUUGAUAAAAACAAAAAUUAUUGCCAAUUAUUGACUUAUUUAUGACCUGGCUAAGUAUCAGCUUUUGUACUGUGCUACUUGGGACUGGUGUCACGUUAACCAUAACACAGCUAGCUAGGUCAUCCUGCUUGCUCUGCUUAUUUAAUUUUCUUUCCUUAAACAUUGGCACAAUACUAUGAGUCUUCUGAAAUGUCACUGAAAUGCUAGGAGGUAUUACAAAUGAGAUCUCUCUUGACAGUUCUGGUAGAACUCUUUAGUAUAGGUUAUCUGAGCCUGCUGCUUUAAAGUUAUUAAUGUUACUUAUGAUGAUGAACCUCAUCUUUAAUUACUUGCAGACUGAAAAGGAUUUCGUCAUCCUUCUGUAAUACAAAUACUUCAUCCUGCAUAUAUUUCAAUAAUAAGCAUUAUUAACAAAACUUGCCCACUGUAUCUUGUGCCAUUGCACGGCUUUCUUUGUCAGGUUACUCAGUUGCUUUCACCUUCAGUUUAGUUGUGCCAGACACAAUUCCCUAUAGUACCUUUAGAGUCCUGACUUUGUUUUUAUAGCUCAUAAUUCUCCAUGGAUAUUGUUUGCGAUAUAGCUUCCUUUUUGAAAAAAAAAAUAAUAGGCAUCAGUAAUUAUGACAUUUCUGUUGCAUUUUUCAUGUGCAGGUUUCACUCAGAGCAUUUUAUAAAUAUUCAUUAAUCUUCAAAAUAUACCUGAGAGGAAAAUAAGUAGUGAGAAGGAAACCGAGUCAGUGGGAGAGAGUCAGUAAGAGACUUAUCUGAUCAUUGUUAAGUAUUGCAGAACUAGGACUAGCACAGACAAGUUCUGUUUCAGAACCUUAUUUCACACUGCAAAUGGAGUUGCGCUUUGCAAGGUGAUCCUUGGGCAAAAGUUAUGCCAAAAUUAUGAAAGAGAUUUUAUAAAACACAAUAUUGCCAAAACCCGAGUAUCCAAAAAAUAGAACGUUAUUAAAAAAUGCAUUUCCAUGUACCUUGAAGGAUAACAAAAUUAUAAAAAUAAUAAUUGAUAGAUUAUUUAAGACAAAUAAUGUCAAAACAGGCUAAUUUCCCUUUCUGAGAGACAACCAGCCUGCAGAAAAAGGGAAAGCUGUAGAUGAGAUACAGCUUUUUUAGGGUUUUGAUAACAUUUGAUGUAACAUUCUGAUAAUCAAAAUGAUAAAACCAAAGUGCAAACGAAAUUACCAUAACUCAGGUGCACAACUGGUUAAAAAAUAUAUUAAAAUAUUACUGUGAGUAUGUUUUCAUUAAACUCAGACAGGUCUUCUGUUAGGAACCACAGAGGGUCCAUUCUGAUUCUAGUCAACACUUUUGUUUACUCAGACAAUGAAGUAGAUUUUGCAAGCACUUUGAAGGACGAGAUUAGAAUAACAAGGAUCUUUCUAACGAGAGAACUAGUCUGAGCUUCCAAGGUAAAAUUCUGAAAAGGGAGAUGAAAAAUGCUUGCACUGAGAAAAGAUAAAUCAAGGAAAAAAAAAGUCAUCCAAGGAAAUACAUGGCAAAGGAACAGCAAAGCAGCCAAAGACCUGGGAUGCGUAGUAGCAACCUAUGCCAUUUACAGUUGAAAUGAAGUUUAAUCUUUUAAGGCUUCAGUGUACGCAGAGCCCUGGAAGUCCUGACUCAUAAAGCAAGCAGAUGCAGGACCUGAGGACAUCCUACUAACAGUUACUCAAAGUUCAUGACGUAUCUUACAUUCCAUGAAGGCGCUGCUUCUGGAAUGACCCCACUGCAUACACAGGCUGUGGAAUGUGGUGGGUAUCAGGCAGAGUUUAACUCUAUCUAUCUUCUCAAUGAAAUCAGCUCACCAGCUCUGUCAAUGCAAGUGCAAUACAUUCCAGGAGAGCAAACAUGCUCCUGGUAUAUAUCUAAUGACUAUAUAAAA